UAUAACAAAGAUUUUAGUCGAAAUUUGGCUCUUGUAGUGACUAGAAGUAAAUAAAAAUCCGAAAUGAGUGAAAAACUCGUUCUCUACGGCAUCGACAGAAGUCCGCCGGUACGCGCCGUUUUACUAACACUAAAUGCUUUGAAUUUGGAAUUCGAACUUAAAGCGGUGGAUACAUUAAAAGGUGAACAAUAUUCUGAGGAGCAGUUGAAAAAGAAUCCAGCGCAUACAAUUCCAUUACUCGAAGUUGAUGGCAAAUAUAUAUCCGAUUCUCACGCCAUUAUCGCCUUUUUGGCUAGCAAAUAUGGCAAAGAUGAUUCGCUCUAUCCAAAGGAUCUGUAUCAACGCGCCACUGUCGAUCAACGUUUGCACUAUGAGAAUGGUGUUAUCUUUAACGAAACAAUGAAGCAUCGUUUGCGUCCAUUACUUACAAGCGAAUUGCCACAAGCGGCGGUUGAUGAAGCAUUUAAAGCCAUUUGCGAUGUAUACACUGUGCUGGAGGCUUAUCUCAAUCAAAAUGAAUAUAUGGCUGCGGAUCAUUUAACCAUAGCUGACUUCAGCCUCCUAUCAACGGUUACUGUUAUGGAUUUAAUUGUGCCAGUGGUGGCGGACAAGUGGCCAAAAUUGAAAGCGUGGUUGGAGAACUUGAAGCAGUUGCCAUAUUAUGAGAAAGCAAACGCCAAAGGUUUGAAAGCAAGCGAGGAAAUAAUUAAACCGGUAUUGGCAAAACUCAAGCCAUAAGAAAUAAAUAAUAUUGUGAAAUCCCCAAAAAGCGUAGACUGGCGGGACCAGCCUUUCUGUCCGGUUAAGAGAUUGUCCUUAAUAAAUAUCAAAAAAUGCAGGAAAUGUUGAGACCGGCCAAGGUGCACGGUUAAUGGAGGUGUGCGUUAAUAGAACGUUCGUUUAGAGAGCUUUCACUGUAUUUAUAAAUGAACAAAUGUAUAUUGUUUAGGAAAUCUUCUUUUACAUGACAAAUAAAAACAUUUUGUGAGUCCUUUUUAUGGCUCUUAAAUUUGA